GUUCCUUAACUUGCACUCAGACGGGCAAUCAUCCUCAACAGCUCAUCAGAGAAUGGCUUGCACUCUCCUCAACCGUGCACCCAUGCUCUCCCUACUAAUUCUCAUUCUCCUAUCUUUGCACUCUCAUUCAGCCUUCUCAAACGAUACCGAAGACGAUGAAGAUGAUCAGUACGUUGUCGACUCCCCACUGGCCAAUCUCAGAUCAAGAAGCCGGUUUUUGGCCACUGUGAUAAAGAAAGGUACGCGUUGUGAUCCCAUCGCUCACAACGUAUGCAAUGGGAUAUCGGCAAACAACGGGGCGAGCCUUCUCCGUUGCUGCAAGAAGCAUUGCCGCAACGUUCUUGGGGAUAAGAACAACUGCGGGCGAUGUGGGAAUAAGUGCAAGCAUGGACAACGUUGUUGCAGUGGAACCUGCGUCGACACUGCUUACAACGUUGAACACUGUGGCAAGUGCAAUAAAAAGUGUGCGCGUGGUCAUAAAUGCGAGUUUGGAUAUUGUGGGUAUGCUUGAAUUUGUUCAAAGCUCCGGUAAAUUGUAUAAUUAACAAGGAUAUAUGACGCUGGAUGAGAAAAGAAUAAAUAUGUUAUUUAAUUUUAAUUAAAUUAUUAGUUUCUGUUUGUAAUUUAAUAAUAAACUUGGCCCACAGUUAGUCAUGUUAGUUUAAGUUAUUUAUCAUUUUAAAAGUGGGAUUUGCCCUUGGCCCAAAGUCAGUCACAUCAAGGUUAGGGUUAGAGUGUCUAUUUAAGUGUAAUGUUCUCUUGUAAUAAGAUGAUGAUGGAAUAAAAAAAUAUGUUUGUGUU